UUUUGUAACCAUCAUCCUCUCUCUCUCUUACCUCUCGCUACCUCCCUUCGUUCCCUUUUCACGCUCUUUUUUCUCCCAAUGGCGCAUCUAAUUGCGAUCGCACUCCUCGUCGGACUUCUUCCGAGCGGGCUAGCUGGUCCAGCAUGCGCUCAGAAGUACAAAGACACCAGCGACUGCAUUCAGAGAUGCAGCUCGAAAUGGGGCUAUCCCGGUCUUAUGAUGGGUAACGACCCUUGGGGCUCAGUCAUGGAAGCGAAGACAGGCAAAACAAUCGACGACUUCUACCUCCAAGUCGCCAUUGCCUGUGGCCAACCAAACGAUACCAAGCCCAUGACCCCGUCCUCUUCUGCCAAGCCUGAGCCUACACUUCGCCAGGGCCUCGGUACCCAGGCAACCUCGAGCACUAGUGCCCCUGCUCGUUUUAUCACUUCUGUUCGUCCAUCGUCGUCCACAACUUCCACCACCAAGUCCUCCACUUCCGCCAAACCAUCUACAUCUUCAACCUCCACCAAACCAAAGACAACCUCUACAACACCACCGCGUCCGUCUUUCGCUGCUUUGGCCCAAACUAAUGCAUUCGCCGCCCCGCCCCCUGCGACCACCCAGCCAAAGACCAACACUGAUGCCAACAACUCGAAAUCCAACUCCAACUCUAAUUCGAAUGCCAACGCGAACACUAACAAGUCGAACUCCAACUCGAACGCUAACACCAACUCCAACUCCGGCAACAAGCAGAGCAACUCCGACUCUAACAGCAACAAGAACACCGGAAGCUCCGGCUCGACCGGAAACUCUGGUGGAUCUGGAGGAAACGGUAGUCGUGCGUCGAACGCCGAUGUCCAAGCCUACCUCAAGGGUCAUAACUCGAUCCGUGCCAAACACGGAGCUGUCGAUGUUACAUGGAGCAAUGAGGCUGCAGCGAAGGCCCAGCAAUGGGCUGACCUGUGCACUAACCAGCACUCUGGUGGAACCCUCGGUCCAUUUGGAGAGAACCUUGCUGCUGGUACUGGUAGCUACAGCAUCUCUGAGGCCGUCAAGGACUGGACGGAUGAAGUUACCGACUACAACCCCGGUAACCCCAAGCCUUCACACUUUACGCAAGUCGUUUGGAAGGCCACCACACAAAUUGGCUGUGCUGUCCAAACCUGCUCCGGUAUUUUCCCUGGCUUUGGUCCUGCUCAAUACUAUGUCUGCGAAUACUCAAGACAAGGCAACGUUAUUGGUCAAUUUGGACAGAACGUUCAGGCGUAG